AUGUCUGACCACUACUCUAUAUUGUUAAUGGAAGAUGAGAUGGAUUGGGGACCAAGGUCAUUUAGAUUCAUAAAUGCUUGUUGCUUGCAUCCUAAAUUUAAAUCUGAAGUGAGGAAAUCUUGGGAGAAUAAUCAGAUCAGUGGUUGGGCUGGUUACAUGAUAUUGAAAAAGCUGGGGAAUCUUAGAGUACAUCUCGGAAGGUGGAAUUGCGAAGUUUUUGGAAACAUUGAUGAGCAAUUGAAACGUUCUGAGGCAGAACUUCAUGACUGGGAUGUUAAGGCUGAAGGUAGGAACCUGCAGGAACAUGAGGUCAAAAGGAGAAGGGAGGUUAGAAGGCUAGUUUGGGAGCUAAACAAAAAGAAUGAGUGGCUAUGGCAUCAAAAAUCUAGACUGACAUGGGCAGCCAAUGGGGACAAAAAUACAAGGUUCUUUCAUAUCUUGGCUAGUAGCAGGCAGAGGAAAAAUUUGCUGGAUUCUGUAAAAGAAAAUGAUGUCAUCUAUGAUCAACCAAGUGUUAUGAAACAAGUAGUGGUGAGAUAUUUCAGCCAACUGUUUUCUAAUGAUUGGAAGAUUAGGCCAAAACUGUCAGGUGCAUUUGUCUCAAUUAGUCCUGUAGAAUUAGAAUUGUUAGAGGAAGAGUUUUCAGAGGAGGAAAUUGGGGAAGCAGUCAAUGAUUGUGACGAUAAUCCCUUGGGUCUGAGUGAUUAUAGGCCUAUUAGUUUGGUAAGUUCUGUAUACAAAAUUGUUGCCAAGGUCUUAUCUAGAAGAUUGAGAAAGGUGCUUCCAAAUAUUAUUAGUGAAGUGCAAACAACCUUUUUGACUGGAAUGUGUAUCCUGGAUUGGGUGCUAAUUGCCAAUGAAAUGGUAGAUUGGCAGAAGAGAUCAAAAAAACAAGGCAUCAUUCUUAAACUGGAUUUUGAGAAGGCAUAUGAUUCAGUAAACUGGGAGUUCUUGUAUUCAAUGUUGACUAACUUUGGUUUUGGAGAGAAAUGGGUGAGGUGGAUGAAAACUUGUAUCUCUACAGCUAGAGUCUCAGUGCGAGUUAAUGGUUCACCCACCACGGAAUUUUCUCUAAUGAAAGGCCUUAGGUAA